AUGUCGACCUCUAAGGAUGGAAAUAAUUCCAAAGGAACUAGUGUGGAGAAUGUCACGGUUGAUGCAUCUCCUCAUGUUCUCAUAGUUGAUGAUUCCCUUGUUGAUCGUUGUGUUGUUUCCAUGGCCUUAAAGCGUUGUAACAUACAAGUGACUGAUGUGGAAGGUCCCAAGCAGGCCUUGGAGGUUUUGGAUGCGGAACAUGAUGUGAAGAUGAUUGUGACUGGCUAUGGCCUCCUUAUGGAAGAUUACUUUACAUUUGUUUCCAUUCAAAAAUCACCCAAGCUGAGGCACCUCCCAGUGGUGAUUGUAUCCUUUGAUAACAUUCUAGAAAGGAUCAAAAUGUGCUUGGAUGGAGACCCGAUGGAGUACAUCUUGAAGCCUGUCAAGGCUGCUGAUGUGCCUCGCAUUUUGAGCUACAUAUGA